GCUACCAGCUCUAGCUCUAAACUUGUAAAAAAAACAAACUGUCAGACUUUUUGCCAUGUCUUUGGCUCGUGCUAACAGAGCCGUCCUGUAGAGUGUCCUUGAGCGACUUGCCAGCCCAGAGCGAGUCCCAAACCGGGCUCCAGUCGAUACCCUAUACCCCCGAUUCCCGAUGAACGCCAACGGCAAUGGUGGAGCAGGCGGUGCAGGCGUUGCAGGUGGUGCAGGUGGUGCGCAUGGAGGAGCUGCUGGCGGGGCAGGUGCCGGAGGUCCGGUAGGAGGUCCGGGAGCAGGUCCAGGCGACGGUGCAGCUCCAGCGGAUCAGCCGGGCGAGGCUGCCGGAGCAGCAGGUGGCGGCGCUGGCGAUGGAGCUGCGAAUCCGCCCGGGCAUCCCAAUGGAACCAGCGCCAGCACAUCGGACAAUCCGCCGAAUGGAGCCAACGCCAACGAGGAUCAGGAGGCCAAGCGACGCAAGUGCCGCGAAACAGAAGAAGCCCAGGAUGGAGCCAGCACGAUGAUCGAUGCGAAUAGUGUGCUGAAUAAGAUCGCCAACCUGUACGCCGAGCAGCUGAUGUCGGACAUCGUGCUCCUGGUGGACGGCAAGGAGUAUCCAGCGCAUCGCGUCAUCCUGUGCGCCAGCAGCGAUGUCUUUCAGGUGAUGCUAAUGAACCCGGAGUGGAACGAGUGCAGCAAACAUGUGAUCGAACUGCACGAGGAGGCCUGCUGCUCGGCGGUGUUCCCGCAGUUCAUCAAGUACCUGUACGUGGGCCACAUCGAGGUGACGCUGCAGACGGUGAUGCCGAUGCUGGCGCUGAGCGACAAGUACAAUGUGCGCGACCUGAUCGAUCUCUGUGUGGGCUACAUGAACAAGCAUGUGGCCAAGGCGGCCACCAGUGGCUACCUGGUCUCCUGGCUGCAGUACACGCUCUCCUUCUCGCCCACCCACAACGAACUAACCGAGACGCUGAAACGGUUCCUCAAAUGGAAUCUCGAGAUGGUGGCCGAGUCGCGUGACUUUGUGGAAAUGGAUCCGGCCAUAAUGCAGCUGUUGUUGCAGCAGAACGAUCUGGUCGUCACCAGCGAGUACAAACUGUUCGCCCUCCUGCAGACGUGGCUGCUGCAUCGACGCGAGCAGAUGGAGGCCACCGCCGGUGGCAGCUUCAUGGAGCUGAUCGAACAGACGGUCUCACACAUACGCUUCGGCAUGAUGACGCCGCGCCAGCUGUCGCACCUGCUGAUGGAUCCGCUGAUCGAGUACCACAAGGAAUUCCUCGUCGAGCGCAUCGCCAUCGGGAUGAGCUACCAGUCGGGGCAGGAGGAUCGGGUGCGCGAGGUGCGGGCCACCGAAUCGGGCGAGCUGCAGUUCACGCCGCGUCUCUACUGGAACGACACCUGGAGCGUCGACAUCGAUGUGCAUAACUUUGACGCGAUCGAGGACUAUAAGAACUAUGUGACCUGUUUCUUCUCGCAGCGCCACAUCGCCGAGACUGAGGAGGACGAUCCCUGUAUGACCUGGGAGAUAGAGUUUUUCCCGCGAGGCGUUAAGUACAACAAGGCCAAAAUGGUCUGGGGCGAGGACGUGCCAGGCUGCUCCUUGAACACAGUGCGCCUACGGGUUACCUGCAAGCAUCAAAACAUUGACGAGGAGCGAUUUAAGAUCGCUGUGCUGAUCGUGGGCGUACAGAAUCAGAUUAUGCACAUCCGCACAGUUGUGGAACGCACGGAGUACUUCUCGGAUACGUCGCGCGUGAUCAACCUGGACAACCUGCUGCCGUACGAGGAGCUGGAGCACACAUCGCCGUACUUGAGUCCCCACCUGACGGGCACGGCAAGGAACACACUGACCCUGCACGUGGUCAUCACGCCGAUGGGCUCUCACACCUGCCGGGAUACGCCGCCGUUUCAGUUUUAAGCACGGUGACCCGGCUUGUGGACACCUCGACUAUCGCACUCCGUACUUCCUGGCGCAUCCACAAGCACCACACGCCUCCGCAGCCACCACUGUAUUUCACUCUUCCAUAUAUAUAUAUAUAUAUAUAUAUAUAUAUAUAUAUUUAUUGUGUGUAUGUAUAAAUUCAAUGCGACUACGAAUCCCCUUGGGCUCAAUCCUUGCGAUCCUGAUGCUGUUCCACACUGCUACUCGAUCACACCCCACUCCCCACUCCCCCCCUGCAAUAUGUUUUACUAUAAGUUUUUGUUUUAUAUUUUUCCUAUAAGUUAAGCGCACCGAAGGGAGUAAGUUCUAAAGCAGGGCCAUAGCCGCUGAGUGUGGAUCGCGGAUCGUGGAUCGUUAAGCUUGGCCAUAGGUGGACAUGGGGAUCGAGGGUGUGAGCAUCGUACUGUAUCUAUUGUACACCGUUUCACAGCGUACACGCCAAGUGAAGUGAACCUAGACUAUGAAAAGCAGAGAUUUUCUAAUAAACGUUGAUAUGUAAAAGACAAAA